AUGCCUUGUGUCAACAUCGAAAUCAUUACCUGCCUCACUCAUCCGAUUCAAUCCGAUUCCAUCAUCAUCACAUUUUCACCAUCACCACCCAUCAAAAACAGGUUGGUCGGUUCCCCAACUGCUUCCACCAUUGUCAGCACCAGCAUUGUCACCAUCCUCACCACCGUCCCAACUGCUUCCACCAUUGUCACCAUCAUUGGACUGGUCAUGAUGGCUUUGUUGUGCGUCGAAAGCCUGGUUCCGGAAUGCGUUGAUCGAAGGAGCCUGGUGACGUUGGACACAGAAGUCACGAAUCCUUCUGGCUUUGGUGUUCCACCGACUGCAGUGCGUCCACCCGGCACGAUGCAUCUGACACUCGGUGUUAUGAGCCUCAAGGACGAGGGCGUUGAGCAGGCCAGCGAGGUGUUGAAGAGUUUGAAGUUGAAGGAGUACCUUGCAAGUGCUAGACCUAAGAUCCACUACGUUCUGUUUCUCGGCUGGCAGUUGCUUAGUGACGAUGCGGUUGUGAUUUUUGGCCAGCGGUAUAAAACCCCCGGCUGA